AUGCACUCGCGCGGCCCGGGCCUCCGUCCUGGAAGAGAACACAGGGGGAGGGGUGAGGUGCGGCCGCCCGGACCCGGGGACCCCAAGAUUCGAAGCCAGGCCCCCCGACUCCCAAAGCAGCGCCCGCCGGGCCUGGCCCCGACUCCCCGGGGGGGCACGCAGCCCUUUGCCCCCUCAGCCCCAUCUUCCUAUUCUUGGUCCAACUGCUCCCCAAGGCCACCACCUGUGGGCCCCGUGAGAGCCCCAAGUUCAGGGACACAAAGACCCCGGGAACUGCUCCAGAAAAGCCCCCGAAGCCGGUGGCCGGGCAGCCUGGCGCUUGCGGGGGAAGGGCGGGCCCAGGCCUCCGUCGGGGCCGCAGGACCACAGACGGUCCCAGAGAGGGAAGGAAGUGCCGGAGGCCAAACAGGCAGCGAGUGCCGGACUCCCUCCCGUGAUGGGGACUUGCUCCCCCCCAAGCAGGCCGUGCUCCCUGUUCUGUGGGGCCCCCUCCGGACCCCCGAGCCCCUCCCCUCCCCCGGCCCGGGAGCUGGGCACAAGAGACGGCUGCCCCGGCCACCCCCCCCGCGGGCACGGGCGCAGACCGGCUCCCUCCGCCCGUCCGGCCUCGGCUUCGGCCCCGAUCCGUUCGGCCUGCACGUCAUCACCCUGAGCACACACUCCCAGCCCCCACCAAAGCGGCUGCUAACCGAGAAGGCCCAAGAAGGGCCGGCGCAGCACAGGGGACGGGUGGGCGUCCCAGGCCAGCCUCAGUUUUCUUCCCUGUGGCCCCGGCAGAAGCAGGAGGACCGGGUCCCAAAGUCCACAGAGAACAAGGUUACUCAAGCAAACGUCAGGGGUCUCACAACUGUGCUCCCGGGAUCCCUGAGCUACAGGCGGGAGCCGGCCCUGCCCCCACUGGCUGCCUUGUGGGAUCCCGGGCCCUCAGCAGCUCCCCAGGAGGCAGGUGACCUCCCGUCUGCCAUCGGCAGCUCAGACUCGGCGCUUCCUACGGCCAAGGCCGCGCUGGGCCCCCUCACCAGGCCCCCCUCACCAGGCCCCCCCUCGCCGGGCCCCCUCGCCAGGGCCUUGGGCCUCUGGAAGGCUCUUGGGCAGAAGGCCAGUCUCACUCCCCCUGCCCACCUGCUGCUGGGGUCCCGGGGGCUGCUCCAGGCAUGCGGGAGCCCAGAAGGACUCGCUGACGGGGCAAGUUCUGCUGAAUCACGGGCAGAAUUCUACUUUUCUCUCUUUUGUUCUGGCCCCUCAGAAGCUUCCAAGAGGCUGAUGAGCAGCAGCCCUGAAGCAGGAGCGCAGCGAGCCCCGCCCCUUCCCCGAGGGGCCCAGACAGGCCCAGACCCGGGAGCUGCCGAGGGCCGGAUUACCAGGUCACCGUCUCCGCCCACAGGUCACGGCCCGGCCUACGCCAGCUGGCCGGUCUGGCCGGGCUCUACCUGGCUCCGGAGGCGAGAGGCGGGCGCAGCUCCCCAGACACCCCCUCCCUGGCCCCAGAUUAAGCCGCGAGCAGAAGCAGCAGGACAGACCCGGGAGCACCGGCCGGGGGCGCAGCCGGCUCCGAGGGGCCCCUGGUGUGGGCCUGGGGGAGGGGCCGAGAUGCAGCCUCAGACAGGCCGGGGGGCCGAGAGCCGCUUGUGA